AUGGAUCAAAGGCUAAAUGGGGUGAAGCCGAGCCGUGUUUUGUUAGAGGCCCAAGUGCCUCGUGGCGUCCGCGCGGCAGUGGUUUCCCGCCCGCAGGAACUGCACAGGCACCGGAAGAGGCUGGAUGGCUUUGGCAAGGAUGCUCCGCGAGGGGAUGUCAAGACCUUGGGAGCCUGCCGGGAGCUCUUGAAGGACGAGGACUGGUUCGCUCGAAAGACGGCCGUUGACACAUUGAAGAAGGUGGCAGCGCCGGGAGAGGAGACGGAGCUGGCCCUACUCUACAAACACCUUGAGGACGAGGACAUAUUUGUACGAGAGGCUGCCGUGGACGCCAUCGCAGAGGUGGCGCAGCCGGAGGAUGCCGUGGCCGUGUCCAAAGUGUCCUUGCGUUUGGCUGACGAGGACUGCUUCGUGCGUGCGCGAGCCGUGGUGGCGCUUGGUCGCUUGGGACGCAAGGGUGAUGCCCGGACCCUGGCGCUUCUUGAGGACAUGUUCGAGGAUGGCUUUGUGCCUGUGAGGAAGCGCGCACUGGAAGCGGUGGAGACGUUGGCGCCCGUGAGCGAAACCCUCCUCAAUCGCCUGAGGGUGGUGGCACGUGAGGAUGCCGACCGCGGCGUUCGCGAGGCUGCAAAGGAGGUGCUGUCCAGGCUUGGCUAG